CUAUUUCACCAGGGCAAAUAGCGCGGGGUUGUUUAUCAUUUUAAGACUCCUUUGGUUGGCGUAAGCUCUGAGGCAUUCGGCCCAUUGGCUCGCUCCGGUAUUGUAUACGUAGAUCAUGCCACAAAACUUAAAAUAAUACAGGGCGACCAACCAUUUGAAAACCAGCGCCGAGUCUAAUCGAUAGCUAAGGGAAAGGGAUCGGUGUGUAAUUAUGCAGCCUAGAAUCCGAGCCUUUCAAUUCAUCAGCAAACUAGGUAGGGAGCAGACCAGGCUUCAGGAGGGCCCAGAGAUGGUGAAAUAGAGACGGGAACACGUUGCCAUGUUAGGUAUAAACGGAUCUCGGGCAGGUGGGAAAAGGGCAGGGGUGUUUUAUUCAUGAAAUGUCGCCAGGAUCGCCUCUGCCCAGCUGCGUAUUUCAUAACUGUGCAAUCCCAGAAGAAAUCCAGGGAACGUGCAGCUUGGGCCAGGAGGCCUCGCUAGACCCCACUGGGGGAGACUAGAUCUCCUGGGGGGGGGGGGUGUUUUAACAAACCUUUUGAACUUGCUUGUUGCUCGGCUAACUACUCCCUUGCUUCAGGAGAUCACAGCCCAAUGAUCUGUGUGAACGCUGCUGUUUCCACUUAGAACACGCGGCGAGGACCAGAUGGAUUCGUUGGGUUCCUACUAACGUACCUUAAGCCCAGUGUUUUCUCCCAAAUCCUCUGCCACUGGAAAGAAAAGAUUUACCCCUCCUCCCGCCCCCAGCGCGCCUUUCUCCUACCUGCUGAACGAACGCGACGAGCUGCACCCAGUGCAGUUAGUUGUAUUUGGGCUGAAGGAGGACGGGUAAACUGGACUGCAGGCAAAACAAACCAAAUUGUCCUUGUGGAUUUAAAACUUCAGUGGAUUCUCUAGCUUUUUUCCCUCCCCACCCAGGCUCGAGCAUUUUUUAAGAGCUCCUUUGCUUCCGGGAGUCCAGAAUAAACCGAAUUCCUAGUUUGUCACUUUUCCAUUCCCUCUUUCGAUUGUUUCCUAUUUCGUAUGAUUUAAUCCUUUCCCGAGAUCGUUUUAAAAAAUAACCCGAACCGAGUACAUUUUACAAAUCCCUGGAGGGACCGAGGGAAAAAAGGGAAAUGAAAAUCUCUUUACCUGGGACGGGAAACUAAACUGAGUUUUCCACCCCCGCCACGAACUGUCGUGAAACAAGAAAUCUUAAUUCGUUUCAAGAUCAAUACAUUUAAAAUCAUAGCUCGAAGCGUUGAUUUUUGUUUUUAAAAUAGCAGUUGGUUAAUGCCGGGGGGAAAAAAGCAUUUUCUUUACCAGCAUUUCUGAGUGCAAAAUAUUUCCUGCGUUGAAAUGCAAAAUAAUUAAAAAAAAAACAAAACCCACGGAUUAAAAUAAAUACAGCGUUUUUUUUAAAUGUCUAAAUUAAUUCGAUCGUUUUUUUAAAAAACAAACACACAAUUUAAACACUAGUUUGCGUUCAUUGUUUUAUUUUCAUAUCAAUCGUGCUUUUAAAGUGUCGGUCUGUUUCAAAAUUCUUUUGCAGAUACAAACCCCCAAAGGAAUGCUCCCCAGAUAUUUUACCAAAUGCCCCUUUUUUUAUAUACAAACCGAUUUCUUUGUUUUAGACACACGCAACCUCAGACAAACAUCCGAUGGCUAGACAGACAGACGGCUACCACUGGACUCAUCCUGUGUUUUUUUUUCUCCCCUCUCGGCUUCAGCAACGACACUCGUAAUAAUCCCAGUGACUAAAAUCUGCGCAGGUGAAGACCUAAUAUACACGAAUAUAAACCACUCCCUUUGGUUUUUUCUCUUCCUCUGGGUUUUUAAAGUUCUUAUUUCUAACCCCUACAUUUGAUUCCUCUUCCAGUAUCCCCAUGAAAGGACGUGAGAAGGGAAAGUCCUGCUCUGCAGAAGGAGACAGUGGGUUUGGUCUGCUUGCGCUUUUUCUUUUUAAUGCAAACGCUUCGAUGUUGUUUCUGUUAACAAGCUCCGACCCUCCCUCAGACACCAAAUCCACAUGAAAAUACCAAUGAAACCGAAAAGCCAAAUGCAAUCUUCCCCCUUGAUUUUAAUGGGUAUAUUUUGCAGACUCCCUUUCAUCUGGGUUUCUUUCACAAUCUGACCUGCCACCCCGCACCACGCCACCACUCUCCCAUCUCACCUUUCCUGGGGCAGGUAAAGAGCUCAGUUGAGAGGCUGGGGCUUUGGGUUGUUUUAAAGAGCUUUGAGUUGUUUUGAUCGAAUUUACCUAAUUCCUCCUCCUGGCCUCCCAAGCCGCAGCGCUGCUGCAGAAGCCUGGAGCUGGUGCACUUGGGGCUGGCUGCCUCCUUGCCCAACAAGUCCAAAGUUCAGCUAAAGUUUGGCUGAUAAAAACAGAACCAAUCAAAAGGUUUCAGCCACCCCUAUAAACACAACGAACUCCGUCAAACCCAGGCCCAGAGCAGCAGCUCUUCUUUUCUCUCCCCCCCCCAAACCUUUUACCCACUAGCCCCCUUUCCAUUUGCAUCCUGCAGGAAUGACUCUCCCUUCCCACUGAUUUGCAUAUCUUAUAUUGCCUAAUGGAGGAGAUCAUGGCAAGGUAGAGGUCUGCAGAGCCCUCUCAAAGGAGAUUCACCAGGGCACGGAGGAGGAGCAGGUGUCUGGGGCUCACGGGGGGAAUCCAAGACUUUGGGGUGUUUUUUAACUUACCUUCCCUCCCCCCACCCCACCCCUACCCUACCCCCCCCCCUCUCUCUCUCUCUCUCCCCUCCUGGUAAAAUGGUGUCCAAGCUCAGCUCUCUGCAGCAGGAACUUCUGAGCGCUCUUCUCAGCUCCGGAGCCACCAAGGAGGCGUUGAUCCAAGCCCUGGACGACAUGGUGCCCACCACCAGCUUCGGGGUGAAGCUGGAAAACCUGCCCCUGUCCCCAGGCAGCGGGACGGAGGCGGACAGCAAGCCCGUCUUCCACACCCUCACCAACGGCCACAGCAAGGGCAAGCUGUCCGGGGACGAGGGCUCCGAGGACGGGGACGACUUCGACACCCCGCAGAUCCUCCGGGAGUUGCAGGCGCUCAACACGGAGGAGGCCGUAGAGCAAAGAGCGGAGGUGGAUCGGAUGAUCAGUGAGGACCCCUGGCGGGCGGCGAAAAUGAUCAAAGGUUACAUGCAGCAGCACAACAUCCCCCAGAGGGAGGUGGUGGACGUCACAGGCCUGAAUCAGUCUCACCUCUCCCAGCACCUCAACAAGGGGACACCUAUGAAAACGCAGAAGCGGGCAGCCCUCUACACCUGGUACGUCCGGAAGCAGAGGGAGAUUCUCAGACAGUUCAAUCAGCAGAACCAGGGCACAGGCCAGCUCGAGGACACCUGCUCUGAAACCCCCAGCAAGAAGAUGCGACGGAAUCGAUUCAAAUGGGGGCCUGCCUCGCAGCAAAUCUUGUACCAAGCCUACGACCGGCAAAAGAACCCUAGCAAGGAGGAAAGGGAAGCCUUAGUGGAGGAAUGUAACAGGGCGGAAUGUCUCCAGCGAGGAGUGUCCCCCUCCAAAGCGCACGGGCUGGGAUCCAACUUGGUGACGGAGGUUCGCGUCUACAACUGGUUCGCAAACCGACGGAAAGAGGAGGCUUUCCGCCAGAAGCUGGCCAUGGAUGCCUACAGCACGAGCCAGCCACACAGCAUGAACCUCCUGCUGUCCCACAACUCACCCCAUCACACGCAGCCCAGCUCUUCGCCCCCCAGCAAAAUGGCAGGAGUCCGAUACAGCCAGCAGGGGAACAAUGAGGUCACUUCCUCUUCGACAAUCAGUCACCACGGCAACAACGCCAUGGUGACCACCAGCCAGUCCGUCCUACAGCAGGUUUCUCCAGCAGGGUUGGACCCGGGCCACAAUUUACUCUCACCUGAUGGUAAAAUGAUCUCUGUUUCGGGAGGUGGGCUGCCCCCUGUAAGUACCCUGACCAAUAUCCACAGCUUGCCCCAUCACAACCCACAACAGUCCCAGAACCUCAUCAUGACACCGCUCUCUGGCGUCAUGGCAAUCGCGCAAAGUCUAAAUACUUCCCAGGCACAGAGCGUCCCUGUUAUCAACAGUGUUGCCGGAAGUCUGGCAGCUUUACAACCCGUCCAGUUUUCCCAGCAGCUACACAGUCCUCAUCAACAGCCACUCAUGCAGCAGUCGCCCAGCCAUAUGACACAGCAGCCUUUUAUGGCCACAGUGACGCAGCUGCAGAAUUCACACAUGUAUGCACACAAGCAGGAGCCUCCCCAGUAUUCCCACACUUCCCGGUUUCCAUCAGCCAUGGUGGUCACAGAUACCAGCAGCAUCAGUACAUUAACCAAUAUGUCUUCCAAUAAACAGACAUCCCAUCGUGCCGUAAAGACAAGUGGGACUGGUCCGGAACUUGUGCAAAUCCGCAUCAUGCACUAAGGAGUCUGGUCCUGGGCUGAACUCUAGGACUGAUGUUGUGCUGAUUCACACAAGCUGAGGACCUGAUCCAACCAGGUUUGGAUUUGAAACACCCGUCGAGAGGUGAAAGGAUCCAUAACCCAUUGCCAAUCCCUGAACCAUCUCGUCCCUUUAGAUUUUCAUCCCAAUUUAAUUGUCCGUUUUUCAUCCUCAGAGUUUCUUUGGGAACUUUCUUCUCGAAAACUACAGCAAUCCACUCUGAGUUCUCAAGCAGAUGCCAAAGACAAGAAGGAAUAAUGCCAGCUUAUGUUCUGCUCUAACCAUUAGGGAUCUAACUUUCAACUGACAGCUCAUCUAUAUUUAGCUAUUUCAGCAACUCCAAAAAUGUUUGGCACAGAUAGAUGUAAACUUAAUAGUCUAGUUAAACAACAGCAAACUACUCUGGAACACGUAACUUUUCAAAUCUUGUUCUACCAGUUCAGCUGGUUAGCCAAGAACUAAAGGCCCAAUUCUUCUGGCAUACUGAAGUCAAUGGAGAAUGCUGACAUUUCAGUAACAGCAGGAUUGGACCCUGUGGUAAUAUGUGGCUCUUCACUAUGCAUAAAGAAAUACAGUGAGUUCCUUUCCAUCUUAUUCCCAGAAUGCUUUGCAGAAAAGCAUCAUGCAUCGCUUGCAAACACUUUCUAUCACAUGUUUUUAGGCAAGCCCUUCUGUCAGCAUUGUUAAUAUGUGCUAUCAGAGAUACUUUAUUAUGAGAUGGGUCAAAAGGGAAAGCAUUGUUUCUCCUCUGUGGACAGCAAAUAUGCUCCGCUCUUUGAAGUCUUUGAGAAGAUUUGCUUAGACUGAUGUCAGAGUUUGACUGGUACACAGAAAGGAAUUCAGAAAUUGAUUACAUUUGUAGGCCCGUAUGUUAGUACACAUUGUUAGCUCCCAUCUAUCUGUAUUGUGUUUGUGUCUCAAGAUCAGAUAUGCGGCGACUGUAGAAGUCUUUACAUUAGGCUGGUGGUGUCGCUUUUGAACCUAUGCAUUGUUUGUAUAUACUAUGUUCUGUGAUUUAUCUCAUGCAUUGACCAGACAGAUGUCUUUGCAAUAGUGUGGCAGCCUCAAAAACCUUGAGACGUGGCAGGACAUGAAUGAAAAAAUGUUUGUAAUCAUAAUGACAGUAAUGAAUUGAGAAUAUUUAUACUAACAUCUUACUUUUAUGUGGCACCAUAUUCAUACCUAAGAACCUCAAAGUGCUCUACAGAUGAAUGAAUACAGAAUACUUCAUCCACCAGUGAAAUGCAGCCACCUCUGGGGAGAAAUGUGACAAUCAUUUGAAAACACACAGCCAUUUAGGGUUUAAUUUAAAUUGAAAAUAAAAGGGGAAUUCAGGUAGAAAAAGUUAAUUAGAAGAGCUGAAAUAUAGCCAGGAAACCAGGUUUACCACCCUUCCUCUCCCUAAAAGACUGUUGCAUGACUGCAAGUGAUUAGGAAUGAGGUUUUAUAUCGAACCCAGCAGUACAGAGCCCCCAACACCAACUAAACUGUAUUGGUUUAGUACAGACAUAGAGGGUAGAGUGGACUAAAGAAAAGCACUUCCUAUGGAACCUAGUAAAGAAAGAGGUGCUGAGGCUCAAGUAAUUAGUUGCUGGGGCUCAAGCAAUUUUUUUAUAUUUAUAACUGACAUGCCAAGCCCAGAGGUGCCGGGGUUAUGAACUGCCAAGCCUAGAGGGGCCGGGGCUCAGCGCUGGUGAGCCUUGGCGGUGGACCCAACUAUUAUUAAUAAUUGGAGAUCUCCCAUCCCAUCCACAUGCAAUAUGACAGGAUCGCAGCACACACGUUAUAUGGCUGUUGAAUACAUCCAAUUGUACUAAAUGGCAUACAACAUUUUUCCUGGCGGAGGUUCCCUUUGAAUUCCCCCAGGGCUGGCUGUUGGCACAAACAAAGCAAGAUGCCACAGGGAGCCCUGCUCCAAGGGACCCCAAGAUUCCAUGCUAAUUCUGCAACUCGGGGCUUGUCAACCUCCCUCUCUGAAGGCAUAACUAAAGUAGCAGAUGACUCAAGGCUCCUUCCAGGAUCUUCAAGGCCCACAAAUUUUAAGACUGGCUCUGGAUACCCCCCUCAGGUUUCAGUAAGCCUUGACCCCUCCUCCCCCAUCACCCACUGGUCAACAUUUGAAAUACUUCUUGUCAGCCUCCCCCCAAUAAUUAAAAGCAUAGCUGAAUAUAUUGUUUGCUUCUAUAGUUACAGUCUCUGGUGCAAUCGUGUCUCCUUCCCAACCACUGUUAAAAUUGCUGUAUUGUGUAGCUAAUCACUGUGGAGUCCUGCUGGGUAAACCUUGUAAACCUUCCCUUGCUGGUGCUCGCUGUUUGCUCGGCAAAGACUCCUUGAUUUACUCCCAUGCAGCCACUUAAGAUCCCUUGCUUACCUUCUCACCGGUGAACCAUAGGAGAUCCCCAACACAGAUUAGACAGACAAGACAACGCUCUGUCUGCUUUAGGAGACAAACUGACAGAAGCUUCUUGAAUUUAAACUGGUUUAAUUGCGUAUGUUCAAAAUCAAUGUUUGACAACAUGAAGUGAGGCACCCGCUACAUUACACAGGAGUUGGAGUUGGACUAUUUACUACUGGGGCAAAUAGAUAAACAAGUAAAUAAAAGCCACUGCUGAAGUGUCCAAAGAUAAAGACCCAUUGGGAGGCUCUGGGCUUCAUCUAUUCAAAUGAUACCCAGAGUCUGGUUGACCUCUGCUUUGUACCUUGUGUAUUCAUUUACUCCUAUGCAAAGGGAGGGAUAUAUUAUUAUUAUUAUUCAUGUUUAUUAUAGUAGUGCCUAAGGACCAACCAAGAACAGGGCCCCCAUUGUGCUAGGUAUUGUACAAAUACACAGUCGUAGAGAGUCCCUGCCCUGAAGAGGUUACAGACAAAAUGGUAGUGUAACUUAUGGCCACGCCGCACAAGGGAAAAUGACUAAGGGGCAAGGGAGUGGAGAAUCAGGCCCAAAUUCACCACACAUUCCCCUCAGUGAAAUGCAUUCCAAGGACAAUUUGAUAGUUAUGCAAAAAGAGAGCGGCGGUGACCAACAGGAGUAAAGAAAGCAAGAAAGGGAAGAGCAUAAGCAAGUGUUGUGGAUUCCCUUCUUCAGAAUAUUUUGAAAUCCUGGACGAACAGGGUGCACGGGUGUGAUAAAUGAAGGCAGGGCAGCUCCCUUUUAUGGACACCCAGCUAGCCAGUUAGCUGUAAAAUCCCUCUCGGUAGCUGUUCUCUGCUUUCUUUACCUGUAAGGGGUUAAAAAGCCUCCCUGCAUAGGUACAAAAAAGAAAAAGAAAAAAAGGGGAGUGAGCACCUGACCAAAAGAGCCAAUGGGAGGGCUAGAACUUUUUAAAAUUGGAAAAAAACUUCCCUUUGUUGUCCGUUGUUCUCUCUGGGCUGCAGGGACACGGAGCAGCAAUGCUAUAAGCAGGAAUGCUGUGUAAGGUUUGAACCAGGUAUGAAAAAUCAUCUUCCAUACCUAGAAGAAUUCAUUGAGACAGGGAAUGUUUAGAUAGACAUGAUCAGGUUUAUUUCUUAAUUUUGGCUUGUGGAUCGCCUCUGUGCUAACCCCAGAUGCUUUUGUUUGCUUUUAACCUUUAAGCUGAACCCCAAGAAAGCUAUUUUGGGUGCUUAAUUUUUGGAAUUGCUCUUUUAAAAUCUAGCAAAAGCCUACA